GCGAAACGGCCCCGUCGUCGUCUCGUCGCGAAUCCCAUCCCAUCCCUCGCUCCCUUUCCCCUCCCCGACCCGGCCGUCGCCUCGACCGGCCAGGCCAUAUAUACCGCCCGCUGCCGUCGGGACAAGCCUCUGUUUCCUCUCUGCUCCUAAACGCGUCCGUCGUCCUCAAGCUUUUUUCCUCCCACCUCCCUCUUCACGUGAACCGCUCCACGCUCGCACCAUCUUCGCCUCCGCCCGCCCGUGAGCCGCGCCGGCGCGUGACUCCCUUCAUCCUCCGCCACCGCCUGCCUCUUUCUCGUGCUUGAUCCACCAUCCAGCGCAACAGCAAUAAUCCCCGUCUCCGCGCCGCUAGCCCACCAUUUCUUCCGCGGCCAGCCGAAAUUCGGAAUCGUUCCUUGUUAUUUUGGUGCUUUGGCGCCUUUGUUUGGCGCUUCGAUCGAGCGGCGGAAUCAGUCGGCCGGGCAGGCGGGCGGCCAUGAAGUUCACCAAGAGGUACGAGACGUACAUGCGGGGGAUCAGGACGGCGGAGCAGGAGCUCCCCGCCGUGGGCCUCAAGCGCCUCAAGAAGAUGCUCAAGAAAUGCCGCUCCCACCGCAGCCCGCACCACAAAACCACGUCCUCCUCCUCCGACGCCGAGGCCGACGGCAGCCGCCGGUGCCCCGGCCAUUGCUCCGUGUGUGAUGGCAGUUUCUUCCCGUCCCUUCUCGACGAGAUGUCAGCCGUCGUUGGCUGCUUCAACGAGAAGGCCAAGAAGCUCCUUGAACUGCACUUGGCGUCGGGGUUCAAGAAAUAUGUCAUGUGGUUCAGCAACAGGUGUCACAGGAACCAUGGGCAGUUAAUACAGCAAGGCAAAGACUUGGUCACGUAUGCGAUUAUAAACGCCGUGGCGAUGAGGAAGAUCCUGAAGAAGUAUGACAAGGAAUCACACGGACCAUACUCAAGGAAGAUACAUUAUUCGAAGCAAGGGCAGGAGUUCAAAGCGCAAGCCCAGAGCCUGCACAUUGAGAUACUUCAGUCCCCAUGGCUGUCUGAGCUAAUGGCUUUCUACAUGAACCUGAGAAGAAGCAAGAAGAACGAGACUGCGAUGGAGCUCUUUGGUGACUGCUCGCUCACAUUUGAUGACGACCAGCCAACGCUCUCAUGCAACCUCUUUGAUUCUAUGCGAGUUGACAUUAGCUUGACAUGUUCAGUUUGCUUGGACACGAUGUUUGAUCCAGUCUCUCUUUCCUGUGGCCACAUAUUUUGCUACUUGUGCUGCUGCUCUGCUGCAUCGGUGACGAUUGUCGAUGGGUUGAAGUCCGCAGAUCACAGAUCAAAGUGCCCUUUGUGCCGACAGGCUGGGGUCUUUCCUAAUGCUGUGCACUUGGACGAGCUGAACAUGCUACUAAGCUAUAGUUGUCCGGAGUACUGGGAGAAGAGAAUGCAGAUGGAACGAGUUGAGCGUGUUCGUCUGGCUAAGGAGCACUGGGAGUCCCAGUGCAGAGCAUUCUUGGGCGUCUGAUGGAACAUGUAGACUUCGUACAAAAAUGGGAUUUCCCAUUGCUGUUGGUUAGAUCUUGAUUUGGCAUGACUGUAAUAUAUUUGUAUCUAUCCUGCUGAAUGAAUUGGUCUGUAAUUGGGAGGUCACUUGUGCGCCUAGAUGUAAAAAGGGGUAAACUUGUAGUGAUUAUCUGAAUGUAAAAUUGCAAGUAUGUUUAUAAUUAAUCCGGACUGUUUGGAUUUGGGA